AGUAUACGUUCAUACACAGAUAUAGAUCUGAGAAUCUAAAACCCUAGCUCUUCUCCGUCCCCAUUUUCCAUCGGGCUAAUGUCUUCUAAAACAUUGCCCUACUCAAUCAAAGACAUACAGUACGAUAACGCCAAGUUUCGUCGACGAUCCUUGUUGCAGGUAAUUUCACAUACUUUUCUCACCAAAAGGAUGAAGCGUGAAUGUAUGGCAUGUAGCACUGGAAAGUUUCUGGCCUUAUUAAUGAUCUGCGGUUUGACAUAUCUUGUGCUCACUCAUGCAAGUCCAAUCGAUUCUAUAACUAAUGGUGUAUCUGGAGCUUUUGGGUCUAAGGAAGGAGAUAACUCCAUCAUGGAUGGUGGCAUUGGAGUUAAAAGAUUUUGGAGAAAGCCACCCAGGCUUCCUCCUCGAUUGUCGCCUGAUGAAGUAAAUAGUCACAAUAGAUCAAUGCAUGGGAUUGCAAAACCAAAUCAGCAAUCUGAAUGGAUAGCUAGGCAAGAAAGUGUGCAGAAGGCAUUUAUCCAUGCAUGGUCUGGGUACAAAAAGUAUGCAAUGGGUUAUGAUGAACUUAUGCCACUAAGCCAGAGAGGUGUUGAUGGUUUAGGAGGUUUAGGGGCUACUGUUGUGGAUGCUUUAGAUACAGCCAUGAUAAUGAGACUUGAUGAUGUUGUUUUCGAAGCAGGUUCUUGGAUUGAAAAACAUCUUCCGGAAAGAAUUUCUCAAAGAGGUCAAGUUAAUCUAUUUGAAACCACCAUACGUGUUGUUGGUGGUCUUUUGAGUGCUUAUCAUUUAAGUGUGGUACAACAAGAAGGAAAUCCAACAAACAAGGGACCCAAACCAUCAGUCUACCUAGAAAAUGCGAAGAACUUGGCUGAUAUUCUUUUAACGGCCUUCACUUCAAGUCCAACUGCUAUUCCCUUCAGUGAUGUUGUUUUGCAGGAUCGCACAGCACAUGCUGCUCCUGAUGGACUGAGCAGCACUUCAGAAGCUUCCACUUUACAGCUUGAAUUCAAUUAUCUUAGUUUUCUUACUGGUGAUCCAAAGUACAGUUUUGAAUCAAUGAAGGUUUUGGAACAUAUGAAGACUCUUCCAAAGGUGGAAGGACUGGUUCCGAUCUACAUUAGCCCUACCUCUGGUGAAUUUUCUGGAAGCAAUAUUAGACUAGGUUCUCGAGGAGACAGCUAUUAUGAAUACCUUAUCAAAGUUUGGCUUCAGCAGAGACAAAGUAAUCGGACGUAUUUGCAUGACAUGUACGAGGAAGCAAUGAAAGGUGUCAAGCAUCUUCUUGUUCGAAAGUCGAAGCCAAAUGGAUUGGUUUUUGUGGGAGAGUUGCCUGCUGGGGUUGAUGGUGGCUUUAGUCCCAAAAUGGAUCAUCUGGUCUGCUUCUUGCCUGGCACUCUUGCACUUGGAGCCACUAAAGGCAUUACCAAGGCAAAGGCCAUGGAAGAGAAUUUGCUCACCUUUGAAGACCUAGAAAACCUGAAGCUGGCAGAAGAUCUUGCUAAAACUUGCUAUGAGAUGUAUUCUGUAACUUCUACUGGGUUGGCUCCAGAAAUUGCUUAUUUUAAUUCAGAGGGCUACUCUGAGGAUGGUCUUGAUGGAGGAAACAAGACUUCAGAGUAUAUACAUGACAUUGUUAUCAAACAUGCUGAUCGUCACAACCUUUUGCGUCCUGAAACUGUUGAAUCAUUGUUCAUCCUAUACCGUAUUACAGAAGAUUCCAAAUAUCGUGAAUGGGGCUGGUCCAUCUUUAAGGCUUUUGAGAAGUACACAAAGGUUGAUUCUGGUGGUUACAGUUCACUGGACGAUGUUACCGUGCUUCCUCCUCGACGAAGAGACAAGAUGGAGACAUUUUUCUUGGGUGAAACCCUCAAGUAUUUAUUUUUAUUAUUUGGAGAUGGUAACGUAAUCCCGUUGACAGAGUUUGUCUUUAACACAGAAGCUCACCCUAUUCCUAUUAUGACAACAAGAAAAAAUGAAUGAUUCUCUUUCGACAGCAGAGAUCGUUUACAUUACAAAAAGAACCUGUAUCGCCAAGAGGAUUUAAGUGGGUACAGCAUGACAUACUGAUGUAGGCAUACAUGGUUCCCCUUUUCCAUCUUGAAGUGAAGGAUAUGAUCAUUUUGAUGCUCAAUUACGCAACCAGUUUGAUCUGCUUAUUUACGAAACUAAAGAGAACCCUAUGAUGCAGUUUUUAAUCUUCAAUAUGUAUUUUCAUCAAACAAUGGAUGCGGUUUAAUGAGGCUGUUUGCCAUUAGUUACUGAGUGAAAACAGUAGAUAGAACUUCUUUUGUUGUAACGGCUUUUAAAGUCAAUGAUGAGUUAAGAUUAUUCCGUUUAUAAUUACCGUCGAGCGCCAUUCAGUUUAAUCACUGUAUUGAACUUUGUUAGAUUUUGAUUAAAUAGAAACUUGCUGAUGCUACAAGCUCAACUUUUC